AUGAGGGAGGAUGGGAGGGAUGGGGAGGAGGGGAAAGACGGAGAGGAGAAUGCGGGCAAGGCAAUGGCAGUCGUGAAAUGGGGGUGGGAGGUUAUUGACGUUGGUGACGUUGGUGACGGCGAUAGUGAUGAGGCUCAAGUCGGAGAAGAGCCUGGGAAAAAAAAGGUAACUCCAGGCAACGGAAACGGGAACACGGGAAAAGCGUGGGUAAAAGCCAAAACCACCUCCGGCACCACCGAGAUCCUAAAAGCCGACUACAUCGUUGCCUGCGACGGCGCCAACAGCACCCUCCGCAAGCUCCUCUUUGGCUCUGGUUCCGAUGCAUUCCCCGGUUUCACAUGGGACAAACAAAUCGUUGCCACGAACAUCUACUACCCCUUUGACAAGUACCACUACGACGAUAGUCAGUUCUUUAUCGACACUGAGCAUUGGCACAUGGUAGCCAAGAUCCAGCUGGACGGGCUGUAUCGAGUUACCUACGGGGAACUAGGCGGACUAAGCAACGAGGAACUCAAAGAAAGGUUGGAGCAGAAGUUCAGGAGGAUCCUACCUGGUAAUUCUGGACCGGAGGAGUAUGAACUGGUGAACUUUAGUCCGUAUAAAGUCCAUCAGAGGUGCGUGGAAGAAAUGAGAAUGGGGAGGUGUUUGUUGGUGGCGGAUGCGGCGCAUUUGUGUAACCCCUUUGGAGGCCUCGGCCUCACCGUCGGUAUCGCGGACGUAGGCAGUCUCUACGAUUGUCUCCUCAGAAUUCACACCGGACAAGCAGAUGAUAGCAUCCUGUACAAGUACGACGAGGUCCGUUGA